UCUCCAGCUGAGGCCGCGGCUUGGAGCCGGGCAAGGGGCGCGGGAGAAGCAGGGACCGGCGCGGGCUGCGCAGCCCCAGGCGCGAGAGCUGCGCUCACAGGGCGGGCGGAAGGACGGUCCCCGCGGGAGCCAAGGGACCGCCGGCGUCCGAGCGGGCCGGGAUUCGCACCUGGCCGGGCACGGUCCGAAGUCCGCGCUAUGGGAGAAGAGAAAUACUUGCCUGAGCUGAUGGCAGAGAAGGAUAGUCUGGAUCCAUCUUUUGUGCACGCGUCGCGCCUUCUGGCGGAAGAAAUUGAGAAAUUUCAAGGUUCAGAUGGAAAAAAGGAAGACGAAGAAAAGAAGUAUCUCGAUGUCAUCAGCAACAAAAACAUAAAGCUGUCUGAGAGAGUAUUGAUUCCCGUCAAACAAUACCCAAAGUUCAAUUUUGUUGGGAAAUUGCUUGGACCAAGAGGAAACUCCUUGAAGAGGCUCCAGGAAGAAACAGGCGCUAAGAUGUCUAUCCUGGGCAAAGGAUCAAUGCGUGAUAAAGCAAAGGAAGAAGAGCUGAGGAAGAGUGGGGAGGCCAAGUACGCACACCUGAGCGACGAGCUGCAUGUAUUAAUUGAAGUUUUUGCUCCACCUGGGGAGGCCUAUUCACGGAUGAGUCAUGCCUUGGAAGAGAUUAAAAAAUUCCUGGUUCCUGACUACAAUGAUGAAAUUCGCCAGGAACAACUCAGGGAGUUGUCUUACUUAAAUGGCUCAGAAGAAUCUGGCCGUGGCCGAGGUCUUAGAGGCAGAGGAAUCAGAAUAACUCCCAUAGCUCCUUCAAGGGGCCGUGGGGGCGCGAUUCCUCCACCACCACCACCUGGACGAGGUGUCCUCACCCCUAGGGGGACCACUGUGACCCGUGGAGCUCUUCCAGUGCCACCAAUAGCAAGAGGUGUCCCUACACCUCGUGCCCGGGGGACAGCGGCAGUACCAGGAUACAGAGCACCCCCACCUCCAGCCCCUGAGGCUUAUGAAGAAUACGGGUACGAUGAUGGCUAUGGAGGUGAAUAUGAUGACCAGACCUAUGAGGCUUAUGAUAAUAGCUACGUAACCCCAACACAAAGCGUGCCUGAAUACUAUGACUAUGGUCAUGGAGUAAAUGAGGAUGCCUAUGACAGCUAUGCACCAGAAGAAUGGUCCACAACGCGUUCCAGCCUGAAGGCAUUACCACCAAGGUCAGCCAGAGGGGGAUACAGGGAACACCCGUAUGGUAGAUAUUGAAGGUCUUCUUCACCUGUGACCUCCUCAAAGACAGUUCAUAGCCUCUGAUCUCCAUACAAACAGCAACAAGACAAGUAAUAGUCC